GUACAACUUGUUUGAUCGCACUGUUGUCAGAUAAAGAACUCACAGUGGCCAACGUCGGUGACUCGCGAGGAGUCUUGUGUGACAAGGACGGCAACGCCAUCCCCUUGUCACACGAUCACAAGCCCUACCAGCUGAAAGAAAGGAAGAGGAUUAAAAGAGCUGGUGGUUUUAUCAGCUUCAACGGCUCCUGGCGCGUGCAGGGGAUCCUGGCCAUGUCCCGCUCGUUAGGAGAUUACCCUCUGAAGAACCUCAACGUUGUCAUUCCCGACCCUGAUAUUCUUACCUUUGACCUGGACAAACUACAGCCAGAGUUUAUGAUCUUGGCGUCGGAUGGUCUGUGGGAUGCGUUCAGCAACGAGGAAGCUGUCAGAUUCAUCAAGGAACGCUUGGAUGAACCGCACUUUGGUGCCAAGAGUAUAGUUCUACAGUCCUUUUACAGAGGGUGCCCUGAUAAUAUAACAGUGAUGGUGGUGAAGUUCAGGAAUAGCAGCAAAACAGAAGAACAGUAA